CGUAUGUGUUUAUUGCACUCUCUACUACACUAUGCGGAUCAAACGCAGCUGGCGGUAACGCGUCGUCCGGUAACGGGGGCCAUCAGAUUCGAUUGGCAGUAUGAUCUGCCUGACUUCCCCCUCGCGCAUCGGCAGCAUCGCCUCACGGAACAACGCACCCCGAUCAGACACACGAAUCACCAGCCCACGGCGAUCGCAUGCUUUGUCCCGGCCGUCGAACGCAUCAUACCACCCGAUGUAGUCGUACUCGACGGUGUCGUUGAGUGUUGGCGCUCUGCCGGUGCCGGGCGUGACGAUGCGAUACCGAAGACCAGAUGGCAUCACAGUGAAGCCGUCAGCAUCAACAGGCAGCGCCUCAACACCGCUGCCGAUAGCCACACUGACACACAAACAUAGAAUGCACCAGUCUUUAUGGUCGGUUUGCUCGCCGUGCGUACGUGUGGGUGUUUGCCAUCCGCCCGGCCGUCGGCCGCUGGGGAAUCCCACGCAGCCUUUAUGCAGCCAGCCAGCAGACAACAGAGAGAGAUGGCAUAUCGCUGUCGGCAAUGCCUUGGUUUGAUUGGUUACCUGGGGUCCUGCUCAUUGCCCCCUGCCGUGUACAGCGGUAUGAGGCUGUCGACCGUCACGCCCGCCUUACACACCGGACAGUCCCUUUUGCCGCGACCGACCAGCCAGCCGUGCAGACACGCCCAGCAAUACUGCAUGGCACACCAACACACAACACACACGCACACACACCCGAUGUGGGCCUCGUGCAGGCAGCUUUUGUGUCUUGCGCCUCGUGCAUCGUGGCUCCUUUGCUGUGGGUGCAUGUUCUCACGAGGUGUCCGCAUCGCGUGACGACGGGCUCCGUGGCCUGCUCGAGGCAGAUCCGGCAGGCGAAAGGCGACGUAUCGGGUGUGCCGCCGCCAUUCGAUGUCGCGGUGGGAAGCGGAGCCACUGGAAGCGGAGCCGACGAAUACAAACCCAUACACAGAGCUAAAAUGGAAACGACGCUAACUUCGUCUGGGGUGGUCAGAAAGCCAAGCGUUGGCGUCGU